AUGGCCGUCCUGUCCUCCUCCCACCAGAACCGGUCGUCAGAACAGGCAUGGCUCGCGAGAGCUCACGCCGCUGCCCGCUCCCUCCACCACGCGUGCCUCCUCCUCCGCCACCCCGCACGCCGCCUACCAUCCCUUGCCAUCGAGCUUCACCUGCCCUCCACCGCAUGUGCCUCCUGCUCCCGCCACCCCGCGCGUCGCUUGCCUCGAUGGAGACGGAGUUGUGUUGCUCCUCGGCAGCGAGGCCAGCCAACCUCCACCGACAUCGGGAUCGCUUCCGCUGACCGUGUGUGCUCUCAGCCGCGUCCUCUCGUUGUUGCGGUGUCCCACCAGUGGCCUUCGGACCCCUCGCAGACAACCACCAUUGCUGGAUUGGAUUCGUGGGCUUUUCGUCGCCAACCUAGCCCCUCACUGGAAAUCCCAAUGGUAACUUGGAUGCAUAUUCUUACUUUCAACGAUAGAUUCCACGAUCCAGUUACAUUUGUAUUCCAAGGGAUCUCUCUAUUGAAUCAUUGGGCUGCAUAUUUUCUCCAUACUUCUGUGGGAACUUGUCUCAAAUUGAAUGUGCUAACCACCGAGGGAAGGUGGCUACAGACAUUGGAAAUUCACAACCUGGCUACCGAUGGCUCACAGUCACAAACUACUCUUGAGAAGACAAGAAAGAAGAACAGAGUUCCAAUGCUACAUCUGUGAAUACUUGUCUUGAUGAACUGUAGAAUUACGACAUUAGUAUUGAACUGAAUGCUUUUUGUCAAUUGAAUUCUAUAAAAUUGGUACUACUGUAUAGUAUAAUCAGAUUGUACUACUAACAACCUGAUUGUUGAAGCUUUUUCGAAAUGAGCCUCGGUUGGAAUUUCAAGGCAAUUUUGUAUAGUGCUUGAAAAAUUAUAUUGUGGCAUUUUUCAGAAGUGCCGAAAUUUAACUUUGAGGCAAUUUCAUAAUGUGCCUGAAAAUUUA